CAGCAUUUUUUUCUGUCGCGUCACGCAGAGCAAGUACCUUAUCUCCUCAUCUGCAGGGGAGCAAGCAACUGAGCAAUCCAAGUCUCCAAGAUGGCGCCGGUGAAGGUGUUCGGGUCGGCGGUGUUCGCGAACGCGGCGCGUGUGCUGGCGUGCCUGGAGGAGGUCGGCGCCGAGUACGAGGUCGUCGAGGUCGACUACAUGGCCGAGGAGCACAAGAGCCCCAGCCACCUCGCCAGAAACCCGUUCGGCCAAAUCCCGGCGUUCCAAGACGGGGAACUCGUGCUCUUCGAGUCCCGAGCAAUCGCAAAGUACGUCUUCCGCAAAUACUCGAUGUCCGCCCAAGUCGAUCUCCUUCGAGAAGGCAACCUGGAGGAAGCCGCGAUGGUGGACGUGUGGACGGAGGUGGAGGCGCACCACUACUUCCCAGCCAUCGCCCCCAUCGUGUACGAGUGCGUCGUGUACCCCGCCAGGCUCGGCAUCCCGCCCAACCAGAAGGUCGUGGACGAGAGCCUGGAGAAGCUCAAGAAGGUGCUCGACGUCUACGAGGUGCACCUGUUGAAGAGCAGGUUCCUCGCCGGUGAUUUUUUCAGCUUCGCGGACCUCAACCACUUCCCCUACACGUUCUACUUCAUGGCGACGCCGCACGCGUCGCUCUUCGACUCGUACCCGCGCGUGAAGGCGUGGUGGGAGAGCCUCAUGGCGAGGCCGUCGGUGAAGAAGAUCAGCGCCGACAUGGUGUUGACGGCUUGAUCGCGCUGGAGGAUGACGACGUUGAAUUUGAUUUGGAGGGGGAUUUCAUUUCUGGUCUGUGAUGUUCAAUAACGUGAGUGAUUUUGUGUGCCCUUUGUUCCAAUAAAAUCUUUGCUUGAUUGCACGCCUGUGCAAGA